UCACCGCAUAAUACUCUUUUUUCUUUCUCUCUGGCUGUGAGGACGCGGCAUAGCGAUGUCUCUGAGAAAGGGCUUUUUCUCUCGGAAAUUCUCCAAGUCAUUCAGGGAACUGAGCGUAGAGAGGAGCGGGCGCGUCCGUGACGCGGAGGAUGGAGCGGUGGGGUCAGGGGCGGUGCAGCCCGAGGGAUCGUGGGCGGGCAUGCUGCCGGAACUCCUGUCCGAGAUCAUACGGCGCGUGGAGAGUAGCGAAGGCGGCUGGCCCCUCCGACAAAACGUCGUCGCUUGCGCCUGUGUCUGCAAGCGCUGGAGACAGAUCACCAAGGAGAUCGUUGGACCCCCUUCCCUCAGUGGCAUUAUCACUUUCCCUUCUUGUCUCAAACAGCCAGGACCACGCGAAUUCCCACAUCAGUGUCUUAUAAAAAGGAGCAAGAAGACGUCAACAUUUUUCCUUUAUCUUGCCCUUUCUCCCUCAUUUACAGAUAAGGGAAAGUUUCUCUUGGCUGCACGGAGGUCUAGAAACGGUGCUCAUACUGAGUAUAUUAUAUCACUUGAUGCUGAUGACCUAUCUCAAGGAAGUAAUGCUUAUGUUGGAAAGUUAAGCUCGGACUUCCUUGGCACGAAUUUUGCAAUCUAUGACAGCCAGCCACCACAUAAUGGUGCAAAACCCUCAAGUAGUAGAGGCAGCCGCCGAUUUGCAAGCAAGCAAAUUUGCCCCCAAGUUCCGGCUGGCAACUUUGAGGUUGGGCAGGUCGCGUAUAAGUUCAACCUUUUGAAAUCUAGAGGUCCAAGGAGGAUGGUUUGUUCGAUGCAGUUCCCAUCGCAAGGAGGAACUGCCAAUGGGUCUGUGGACAACUCGGCAGUGAAGAAACCCGAGUCAUCUGCUUCUGGAUAUACAGUUUUGAGGAACAAAGCUCCUAGGUGGCAUGAGCAUUUGCAGUGCUGGUGUUUGAAUUUCCAUGGUCGUGUGACGGUAGCAUCUGUGAAGAAUUUUCAACUGGUUGCAAUAGCUGAUCAAAGUCAGCCAGGAGGAAAAGGAGAUGAGGAAACAGUUCUCCUUCAGUUUGGGAAGGUGGGAGAGGAUACCUUCACCAUGGAUUAUAGGCAGCCCUUGUCAGCUUUCCAGGCAUUUGCAAUUUGCCUGACCAGCUUUGGUACAAAAUUGGCGUGUGAGUAAUGAAAUAUAUAUAUAUAUAUAUAUAUUUUCUGCUGUUAUUAUGUUUUGAAUUUAACUUAUCACUAUCUAUAGUUUUUGAGUGGCUGGAGGGCGGGGGGGUAUGAUGUACAUGUUGCUAUAUAUAUUGUAUGCUUAAUUGCUUAUGACAUGACUUUUGCUCAAAAGUAUUGGUAGAAAACGAAUCUUAGAGGCAGCGAGCAUGUUGGUUUUUCUAAUCUAUACAUUAUUUUGCACAUUUGCAAAUUUGUGUAAAUUAUAUAAUAACUAUUACAAUGUGGAUUUAAAAGAUUGUUCCUUCAUCUGUGGAAGUAAGAUGUGUAUUUAUAUGUA